AUGCCGGCCGGGCCCUCCUGGCCCGAGGCGGCGGCGCUGGUGCUGCUGGCCCUGGCUGUGCUGAUCACCCUGUGCCGGCACCUGUGGGCGCUGCGCUGGAGCCUCAGCCGGGACCGCGCCAGCGCCCUGCCCUUGCCCAAGGGCUCCAUGGGCUGGCCCUUCUUCGGGGAGACUCUGCACUGGCUGCUCCAGGGCUCCCGCUUCCACAGCUCUCGGCGGGAGCGGUACGGAAAUGUCUUCAAGACCCACCUCCUGGGCCGGCCUGUGGUGCGGGUGACAGGCGCUGAGAACAUCCGCAAGAUCCUGCUGGGUGAGCACACGUUGGUCAGCGCACAGUGGCCUCAAAGCACCCAUAUCAUCCUGGGCUCCCACACUCUGCUCAGCUCCACUGGUGACCUGCACCGCCAGCGCCGCAAGAUCCUGGCCAGAGUGUUCAGCCGUGCCGCCCUGGAGAGCUACCUGCCGCGGAUCCAGAAGGUUGUGAGCUGGGAGCUGCGGGGCUGGUGCAUGGAGCCAGGCUCUAUCGCAGUUUAUUCCUCCGCUAAAACCUUAACUUUCCGCAUUGCAGCUCGGAUUCUGCUGGGGCUCCGCCUGGAGGAAAAGCAGUUCAAGGAUCUGGCCAAAACUUUUGAACAGCUGGUGGAGAACCUCUUCUCCCUGCCCCUGAACAUACCCUUCAGUGGGCUGCGCAAGGGAAUCAAAGCACGGGACAUGCUACAUAAGUUUAUGGAGAAGGCUAUACAGGAAAAACUGCAGAGAAACAACCCAGAAGACCACAGCGAUGCUCUGGAUUUCAUAAUGAACAGUGCCAAGGAGCAUGGCAAAGAAUUCACCAUGCAGGAGCUAAAGGAAUCAGCAAUUGAGCUCAUAUUUGCUGCUUUUUUCACCACGGCUAGUGCUAGCACCUCUCUGAUCCUCCUGCUAUUGAAGCACCCCUCAGUGAUUGAAAAAAUAAGGCAGGAGCUGAUGUCCCAUGAGUUGUACCAGCAGAGUGAGUGCUGCCCUGCUGGACCCUGCCUGGACACCCUGACCAUCCACAGCAGGGACAGAGAGAAACCACUUUCCCACCCCAUGGCCAACGACAUUCACAAGGAGCAGAGCCAGCCCCCAGCCCCAGUGGAGGAAGAUUCCCUCCAGCCCAGUGCCGUGCUGGAGCCCACUGUCCCCCGGAGCAGCCCCGGCCCCCAGCUCCCGGCACCGCCGGGGCAAAGCUGUCCCUGCCCCGCAGACAUCAGCCUGGAGAAGCUGAGCCGCCUGCGCUACCUGGACUGUGUGAUUAAGGAGGUGCUGCGAGUGCUGCCCCCAGUCUCCGGAGGCUACAGGACGGCACUGCAGACUUUUGAGCUCGAUGGCUACCAGAUCCCCAAAGGCUGGAGCGUCAUGUACAGCAUCCGUGACACCCAUGAGACAGCAGCUGUGUACCAGAGCCCCCCCGGCAGCUUUGACCCCGAGCGCUUCGGUGCCGGCCGGCCGGAGGCUGCGGGCCGCUUCCACUACAUCCCCUUCGGCGGAGGGGCCCGCAGCUGCAUCGGGAAGGAGCUGGCCCAGGCCAUCCUCAAGCUGCUGGCCAUCGAGCUGGUCAGCACGGCCCGCUGGGAGCUGGCCACCCCUGGCUACCCCCGCAUGCAGACCGUGCCCAUCGUGCACCCUGUCGAUGAUGGGCUGCAGCUCUACUUCCACCCCUUGCAGCCCAGCCAAGGCCACGAGGCCUGA